GAUAUCAUUUGUUGAUAUUUUAUUCUGACCGUCGCCAAAACAAUAGCAAAUUGUACUAUUUCUUGUUUUUAUUUUAUUUUUUCUUGAUUUUGCCGUUGUUACUCACCAUUUCUGUUAAUCUCUGACAUCUUUAGACCAUCUAAAGUUCUAAAAUGGGACUCAUUGAUAAUAAUAAUAAAAAAAGUGACUCCGAUCUGGAUGAUGAGAGAGGCGUUAGUAUUGAAGUUGGAACAGUAAAUAGUUACAAUGUUGAUGAUAACGAUGAUCUUACGAAUUUAACCUGGCUUCAAGAUCGAAAUCUGCUGAAAAGUAUGACAGUUACUAGUGAUGUGAAGGAUAAUAUUGUACAUUUCAUAAAAGAAGAGGACGAGAAUGUUUACCCUGAUGAUGUAUGCUCUUCUCCUGAUGGCUCCAAUAAAGACGAAACAAAUCUUCCUUGUUCAGUUCCACCGGUGCCAUACAAUCCUAAAAUACAUAUUCAUGCCAAACCACCCUACUCUUUCAGCUCCCUUAUUUUCAUGGCUAUUGAAUCAUCGCCUAAUAAAGCAUUGCCAGUUAAGGAUAUCUAUGCAUGGAUUGUUGAACAUUUCCCUUACUAUCAAAAUUCGCCGAGCGGAUGGAAAAAUACUGUUAGACAUAAUUUAUCGUUGAACAAAUGUUUCAAGAAAUUGGACAAAGGAAAAGACGAACUUCCAAUUGUCGGUAAAGGCUCAUUAUGGUGUGUAGACCCUGAAUUGAGGCCUAAUUUACUACAAGCAGUUAGACGGACCCCAGCUCACAUUUAUCCUUACAUGUCAACUGCUAAAACAAACUUUAAAAUUACAUCAAAUAACGAGUUAUCGCCCAAGCCAAAUCGAAGCCAUAAUGUCUCCAGGAAAAUUUUAACUUUUGACCAAAUACCUCAACUUGCAGAUUCACCUUUGUUGGGCAAAAGAUUAUUGAUUCCAAUUAUAAAUCGAGAGUCUGAAGAAGCGGAUGCCGCUCAAUCAAUGCUAACCUUAACUCGAUAUAAUUCAGAAGAAGGCAAAUCCAAUAAAAGUGAACCACAUGGAAAACAUCAGACAGAUGAUUCAGAUUCUCCUUCUUCUAUGAAUCCCACGGGCGAUCAUAAUUAUUUCAGUAGAAGUAGUGAAUCAAAGAAACAUAAUAUUGAAUUACUCACCGAGGCUCAAAAGUUGGUUGAUUCAAAAGUGAAUCUGAAAACAACCUCAACAACUAUAGAAGAAGAACUACCAAAGGAAGAAAUUGAUUUGAUCGAAAAUGUUACAAUUGUCACCGAUGAUGGUAAAAAGACUCGAGGAACUGUAUUAGUGAAAAGAAAAGUUGAUGUUAAUGACGAAGAUGGGUUAAAAGGAGCUCAAGCAUUGCUCAAUUUGGCAUCGAGAAGUUUAGAAGUUAAAGCAAAAGACGAACUGAAAUCAAAGAACCAACAAUCUCAGCAACCACAAUUACCAUCUUCAUUCGUAUCAUCGAUUAAUAGUACAAACAAUUCAACUCCUACAAGUGUCAACUCUAUUGCUUUGAUUAAGAGGACUCGCCGUGGACGAGAAUAGAGACAAUCAUUUAUUUUACCCGUUUUGUUUUCUGUGUCCAUAUGUUAAGUCAUUGUUUUAAAAUCGAGUUAUAAAAGAGAAAAAUGAAAAUUUUUCUUUGGACUGAGUCGACAAAAGUAAAUCUUUUUUUUUUGGAAUUGAGCUUGAAUUUUCCUUAUGGAAUUUUGAAUUGUUUUUGGAACGUCAUAAUUUUGUCUAAUUGCCCUGAGAUCAAUUUGAGAUCAAACCAUCUUUAAAAAGACAUUGUAAAUACACUUUUCUUUCCUUGGCCAUCUUCGUGUGACAUCAAAAACUGUGAAAUGUUGAAAUUAAAUCAAUUUGAAAAGGAAAAAUUUUGUAAAAGCUAAAGUCUAUCAAAUUGAAAUUCAACUUGUUUGUUAUUCGAAACUCGAAAAUAUGCAAAUCUCAAUAGACUUUAGCUUGUUAACUACUCAAAACAAAUUAACAGAAAUAGAAGGUAAGAAGAAAAAAGAAACAACUUAAUUUUUCCUGACUUGUUUACAAAUAUAAAUCAACUUAUUCCUGGCAUCUACAUUGACAUUAAUUACCCAAUUAACUGAGCAGAUAUAUAAAUAAAUAUGUAUUUAUCACUA